UUCGCAUAUGGGUAGUUUGGAUCUUGGGUGGUUUUAUUCGAAUCUUUAACUUGGCUCAAGUCAUCUUUCCUGGAUUCUUUAGAUACAAUUUUAGAGUUCGACGUCAUAGAUUUACUGGACCAGUCUGCGGACGUGGACUCUUUGUCUCCGCAUAUUGGGAAUGGAAGUGAUCGAACAUGAUUCUUUGUAACUCCAUUGGUGUUGGUCUGAAAAGAAAGAUAAAAAGUUAGGCCAAAGAAUAUAAUUAGAAAAAGUCAAGCUAGACAACUAAGAUGGCAUGCUAGAGCUUCCUCAUGAUACGUGGAUACUGAUUGUUAUAACGAUGAAGAUUCUUGAGUCUAGUUCCCUAGCAAUGUUCCUUCUUUACCUUAUGGGGCCUGUACUCAUGGACUAGUCAUUUGUGAAGGCUGAUUUUCUUAUCAGGAGCACUACUGUUUCCCAAAGAUAGUUGUCCAUCUAUGAGUGAUGACUGGUUUCCAUAUCUUACAUGUGAAGUUAACCUGGUGCCUAUUUGUAGGGAAGAUAUUCGCCGGAAAGUCUUCUUAUGAUUCUGACACCUCAUCCUUAUCCACAGCUGCAUCUGAGAGAGUCCCUGUUCCUGGUGGCUACAGUGAUGUCGCUACUUCCUCAACAGAUCGAGUGGAAACUUCAGAAGCAGUUACUGAUUCCCAGAUGAUUCAUGAUUCCAAUGAUCUGACCAUGGAAGCUGAAGAGGAGAUUGAGGUGACAGAGAAGCAAGAUUCUGUUUCUUGAUCUGUUAUAGGGGAUGGAGAGGCUUCUGGAGAAGAGGAAUCACUACUCCCUUACAAGAUGUUGCAGUAAUUGAGAAAGAGGAAGUAAGGAAAAGGACAAUCUCUCCACCUGGCUCUGGCGAAAGAAUAUAUGAAAUAGACUCACUUUUGCUGGGUUAUCGUGAGCAUCUGGACUACCGGUGAGAUGCUUUGGCUUUCUACCUAUAAUAAUGUAACACGCAAUGUCCUAAUCCUAAAGUAUGCAUUACGUUUUAAUUUUUGUUGCAUUGAAGUUGUAAUGAAUAACUCAUAAUUCCCAUGUGCCACCGGGCGUACUCAGCCCAAAUGAUGAUUAAAAAUUUAGUGUGAA